AUGGAGACUAGGUUUUCUAUAAAUUCACAAUUUAUAGCGGAUGGGCAGGCGUUGGGUUUUACAGGAGCUGACUUGCAGAACUAUGUGAAAGAACAGAAGGAGGAAUAUGUCAAGGCAGAACAAGCAAGAUUGGAUAGGGAGGAACGGCUCAAGAAGGAACAAAGGGCGGAGGAGGAACGCAUAAAGAAGGAGGAGCAUGAACGAUGGAAAGAAAGGGAAGUAGUGGAAGCUAAAAAGAGGCAGGAAGAAUUGGAAUUGGCUAGACUUCAGGAGAAAAUUGUGGAGAAGGAGUUGCAGAAAGAAAGUAAAUCUGAAAACAAAGAAGGAGAACCUAAGAUCCAGGAUAAACAUAGACAUAUAAUUGAUAAGUUGGACAAGAGUUUUCAGAAUAUGAAGGAAGAUGAGGAUUUGAUUGGCUUUUUGACUCUAUUUGAGGCGGUAGCAACAAGAUGUUGUAUUGAUAAGAAAAGUUGGGCUAUGUUGUUAUCGUACAAAUUGACGUCGAAACUCAAGAAUUUUAUGCUGCAAGAUGAUCUGUUUAAGAAGGAAAAUUAUGAUGAAGUAAAGGUUAUGCUAAUGAGACAGGCUGAUAUAAAUGGAGAAACGUGUAGGAAGAAAUUUCACCAAAUUAGACCUAAAGAAAAUGAUUUCAGGGGAUAUGUAGCCGAUUUGAAAAGGGCACUAGACAAUUGGAUGAAGAUGGCGGAGGUAAAGGAGACCAUAGAAGGCAUGAAAAAUAUGAUUGUGACAGACAGAUUAUUAGAGAGUGUUUCAGGGGAAGUGUAUCGUCAACUUAUCUUAAAUAAAAGUGAUAAUGUAGAAGACAUGCUACAAGUAAUUGAAAGUUUUAAGACUGCAAGUUCAACAAAAUCAUUAUGUAAUGAGGAAAAUGUGUAUGUAAUGGGAGCUGCUGAAGCCACAAGUCAGAAUUAUGCUAGUGACAGGAAAGUCAUAACUUGUUUUAGGUGCGGAAAAGUAGGUCACAGGUCAACGGAAUGUUAUGUGGGUGGAGCCGGAGUGAAACCAAAGCAGGUGACAUAUAAUAAGGAUGGACCAAGACAUGUGUCAGGCACAAGGAAUGUGUCAUAUGGAACUUACAGGAGGCAGUUUGAUACUAGAGAAAGGAGAAUGGAUGGAGGGAAUUGGAGAGGAGCUUACAAUGAUGUGAACCAUGGUGGAGGAAAUAACAGAAGGAAUUAUUCAGGUGUUGAUUAUACUAAGGAGAAAAACACAGACAAGUCAAAGAAAGUGCAAAACACAGGAUCUAGUGUUAUUGGGGUAAGAAGUUCUUUAAUUGAAUGCAAAGACAAAAUUCCAGGUAGCUACAAAUUAAAAUUGAUUGAUGGUACUAUUAAGGAAUAUCCACUGGCAUGUGUUGACAUCAAUUCAGACUAUAUCACAGGGAAAUAUAUUGUAGCUUGUUUUGAAAAUCCAGUAGCUGAUCUAAUAAUAGGGAAUGUACAAGAUGAACAACAUAAUGAACAUAUUGGUGCUGCUGUUACAAGAGCAAUGAAACAAAAAGAGAAUGAGGCUGAUAUUAUGAAACAUUCAGAAGUUAUUCAAGAUUGUUAUAAGUUAUUUGGAUCAUGUGAAGAUUUCUUGAGAGAACAAGUGAGUGAUCCUACAUUACAAGAAUUAUGGAAUCGACAGAAGGAGAAGAGUGUGGAUAAUAAGACAAAUGGAAGUGUUCGAUUCAAGGUAUUCGAUAGAUUAUUGUAUCGUGUAUUCAAAGGUCAAUUAGGUCAGGAAGAGAAACAACUCGUGGUUCCAGUGUCAAAAAGGGAAGUAAUUUUGAAAACAGCACAUGAAAGUAUAUUUGCAGGUCAUUUGUCAGUUAGGAAAACAAAGUCAAGAAUAUACCAAUAUUUCUUUUGGCAAGGAGUUGAUAAAGAUGUUAAAGACUUUAUUAGGAGUUGUGAUAUUUGUCAACGGUGUAGAAUCCCACGAAGAUGUGACAGAGUUGAACUUGGAAAUAUGAAUAUAGUAACAACACCAUUUUACAAAGUGGCAAUAGAUAUUGUUGGUCCGUUGGAGGUUACCGAGAACAAGAACAGAUUUAUUUUAACACUUGUUGACAUUGCUACGAGAUGGCCAGAGGCAAUACCUUUAAGAAAUAUUACUACAGAAACUGUGAUUGAGGCAUUAAACACAAUCUUCAGUAGAAUUGGUAUACCGCACGAGGUACUAAGUGAUAACGGAAGUCAGUUCACUGCGGAUUUAUACAAGGAAGUGUGUAACUUCUACAAUAUUAAAAUAGUGCACUCAACUAUUUUUCACCCUUCGUCGAAUGGGAUGAAUGAACGUUUCAAUUCUUCAUUGAAAAGUUUUCUAAGGAAAGUUACACAAGAGAGUCCAAAGGAUUGGGAUAGAAAGGUUAGCGCUGCACUUUUUGCUUAUAGAGAGGUCCCAAAUGAAACUACAGGAAUAUCGCCAUUUCAAAUGGUAUAUGGAAGACAGAUGAGAGGACCAUUGGCUAUUCUGAAACAAGUAUUUGUAAACAAAGAGGAGGAAGAUGAAUACAGGAAUGUUUACUCAUACUUAAUGGAUUUGAAGGAGAGGUUAUUUCAUGUGACAUCAAUUGCCAACAGAAAUAGUGAGGUUAAAAAGCAAAAGUACAAAAUUCAGUAUGAUAGAUACUCUACAUUGCGCAAGAUUGAUGAAGGUGAUUGUGUAUUGAUACUUAAACCUCAAAGAGAAAACAAAUUAUCUGUAUAUUGGCAAGGACCAUUUAAAGUUAUAAGGAAGGUAUCAAGAUUCAAUUUUCUAGUAAAGAAGGGAGAUAAGUUGAAACUAUACCAUAUCAAUAGAUUGAUGAAAUAUCAUAGCAGAAGUAAAGAUGAUACAAGUGAAACUGUUAUUAAUAUUGAACAUGAGAACAGUAUUUUGUCUGCUAAUAUGGUGUCUGUUGUGGAUGAUGAGGAGGAAUUUGAUGAAGACUUGACAAAUGAAGAUAUUUUACCAAGCAUUCCGACAUUAGAAAUCAACAAUAAGAAGCAGACGAAUGAAGACAUUUUAUCUUCAUUGAAGGUAAACCCAGAUUUAAACUGUAAUCAGAGAUGUGAAAUAAUGAAGGUGCUGGAUGAAUUCAAAGAUAUUAUAUCAGACAUACCGGGUAAAGCAGAUGUGGAAGAAUUUAGGAUUAAGUUGCUGGACACUAAGCCUAUAGCAUUAAAGCCAUAUACGGUACCAAUAAAUAUGAAGGAGAAAUUAAAAGAGGAAAUUGAUAGUAUGUUGAAGUUGGGUAUCAUAGGACCCACAGAUUCAUCAUAUGCCGCUCCUGUUGUGGUUAUUAAGAAACGUGAUGGUACACUACGUCCAUGCAUUGACUACCGUAAGUUAAACAGUGUUACACAAAUACCAGCUGAAUUAAUACCAGAUCAAGAAGAGCUAUUCAAUAAACUCUACAGGGCUAAGUAUUUUACUUUAGUUGAUUUAACUAAAGGGUAUUGGCAAAUACCUAUAAGUGAAGAAUGUAAAGAGUAUACAGCUUUUAGAGUUCUGGGGGAACACUACAUGUUUCAUUACUUACCAUUUGGUUUAAGUGGUGCCCCUAACCAUUUUAAUAGAGUUUUAAAGAGUAUUUUAAGAGAUAUUGAGAAUGUAUUGUUUUAUUUUGAUGACAUCUGUAUAUUUAGCGAAAGUUGGGAGACUCAUGUUAGAGAUGUACAGAAUGUUUUCGGUGUAUUGAAAAGUCAUGGAUUUACUCUAAAACCAUCUAAAUUAGAGGUUGGCUUUACUAACAUUAAAUUUCUGGGACAUAAUGUAGGUCGGGGAGAAGUGAAACCAGAUAGUAGAAAUGUUCAGAAGAUCCUGGAGUUUAAACCACCCAGUACUAAGAAGGAAACAGAUGCAUCAGAUAAAGGCAUUUCAGGUAUAUUAAGUCAGAUGAGAGAUGGUGUGUUACAUCCAGUGAAGUUUGUCAGUCGCAAGUUGUUGCCACGUGAACAGAAAUACUCUAUCCUUGAGCGAGAAGGACUGGCCAUUGAUGAUGAUAAAGUAUAA